AGCGUAGUUUUUCUUGCCGCCUUAUACCAGAGUGAGCUGGAUAAGUUCUCUGUGGAAGAAUGAAUUUGUGUGAUCAGGAUAUUGGCUCCUUUCUUUAAUCAGCAGUGAGUAUUAGAAGAUAUUGUUGAAAAGGAUUUUACUUUUGACUAAGUCUAGAAAUAUCCUGUUCAGUGCAAGCCCAGUAAGCUGUCUAGGGGCACUGAAAGCAGCAAUUUUUUCUAGAGAUAAUCCAGGCUUGGGUUUCAGUACAUAUAAACUAUAAUGGAGAGAAUUUGUGUUGGUGGUGCUUUAGAUAGAAUCAGUGACCUUCCAAGCAAUGUAAUAGACCACAUCCUAGCAUGUUUGCCACUAAAAGACGCUGCGAGGACCAGUACAUUGUCAAAGAAGUGGAAGGAAAAAUGGCAUACGGUGCCACAUAUUAUAGUUGAUGAGAACUUUUUCCAUGAAAGGUCACAACGGAAGCUUGAGGGCAUAAUCAAUUAUAUCCUCAUUAGACAUGAAGGGAAUAUUGAGAAAUUUUCUGUGUCUGUUGAAAAAGUGAAAGACUGUUACAACAUGAAGUUGUGGAUAUGGAGUCUAUUGCAGAAGUCAAUUAAGGAACUGUCCCUCAUUAUCCGCAGAGGUCAGCACAAUGAAGUACCAUCUGAUUUGUUUUCUUGUCAGCAGUUGAGAAAGUUAAGCCUCCGCCAUUUUGAGAUUAAACAGGCACAUUCAUUCAAAGGAUUUCAUAAUCUUAUUAGCCUUAAGUUGAACAAAGUUAACAUAGCAACUGCCAUUUUUGAAAGUCUUAUUUCUAGAUGCCCUCUUCUUGAACAAUUGACUGUAAGAAACUUGAGCUGCAUUGAUCAUCUUCACAUCAAUGUCCCCAAACUCAAGUAUUUUUGCUUUGAUGGAGAAUUCCAAUCUAUGUGUUUCAAUACCCCACUUCUCGAGGUUUUGUCUAUCAAUUUAUAUCGAAUUGGUUCUGAGAAUAACCAGUUUGAUCUAAGAUUCAAAUUCCGUGGUCUUCCACCUCUAAUUAAGGAGCUUUAUGUGCGAUGUCGAUUUCAGAAGUUCUUGGAUGCAGGUGAUACAUUUAAUGAAGUUUCAAAUUCUUAUAGCCAUCUGAGGACCCUUGGAAUCAACGCAUUUUGUUUCGAAAAGGUGGAUGAAGUUGCAAGUUUGCUCUCUUUGAUUGGAGGAGCCUUAAACUUACAAAUACUUGAUAUAAAAGCAUGCAGCUGCAAAAAUGAAGCUGUCUCUGAACCUAUUCUACAAUUUUGGGAAGAGCAAAAUCAUCUUCCUUUAUCCUUGAACCAAUUGCAGAAAGUGACAUUGAGAUCUUUCCAUGGUAAAGAUUUUGAGAUGAGGUUUAUCCAAUUUGUGCUGGCAAAUUCGCCUAUCCUCAAGGAGAUAACUGUUGAAUGCAUGAAGAAUCCUGACUUCAACCAGGAUGAAGUAAAGGCAGUAUUGGUGCCAUUAUGUAUGGCUUCAACAGAAUUCAAUUGGGUUGGAGGGACUUAUGAUUCCGGCAGUGAUGAUUCCUCAGAUUCCGAUGACAACUCAAACAGUCCAUACUCUUCUGAUAGUGAUUAGUUCUCAGGCGUAUCCUUAUUCUGAUUUUCAAAGGGGAGUGGACAACGCUGAAAAAGAAUGGUGGAGUUGUUUGAUCUCAAAUUUUUGCACUAGGAUGGCUUUGGUUUUGGACUGAGAAUUGCAUUACAUGAAUGAGAGAAAGCAAGAGAGUUGCAUGACUUGUUGCUGUUUAAAGUGUACAUGAAUAAAUUGAUGAGUGCAUCUGUUUAUGCAUAUAUUUUACACCUUAACCUUCCUCUCCCUUCUUAAGCUCCAGAAUGGGGCCUGAAUAAAGAAUAUCCAUCCCUUAAGAUA